AGUUUUAGAGAGAGAGAGAAAGGGGCUUCGAUAUUUCCCAAAGGGCCCGCCGUGUUUUUUGCGUAGGAAAAUCCCGCCACAUAACUUUUUCUUUCUCCUCAUUCACGAAGAAAAGCUUUCCUUUUUCCCUCCUCUUCUCUCUCUCUCCUCUCUUUCUCUCUCUAGCAAUUUGAUUGAUUGAUUGAUACUGUUUCAUUGUAUAAGAUCUCGCACCGCGCAUAAAUCUUCAAUUUCUCCUCCCCAUUUUAUUGAUUUUUCCCCCUUUCUGGGUUUCUUCUCCCCCCCCUUCCUUUUUCAUCAGUACCACACUCUCCACUUGUCGGGUUUUCAUCCCAUUAUUUGCUUUCUCCAGAAACUACAGUGUACUUCUGAACAAGAAUUCAAAGCGACAAUGAAUUUCUUACAUUCAUGAUGAAUGACUUAAGCAUUCCUAUUUUAAGGUUUCUUGCCAGUUCAAGCCUGGAUUACGGCUACAUCUUUGGAUGGAUAAUCACAGGGUUCUUUGGGCUUUUCGCUCUCGUAUACGCAUUCUUGAAAUGGCAGAGAAGGACAUCUCUUAACUGGCUUAAAGCUGCUUCCAGGGCAAAAAAGCGAGCCUGGAAGAAGCUAAAAGUUCCGUUAUCACAUCACACAUGGAUGGAUGAUGUGGCGUCUGGUGGACUGCCAUCGACAUGUUGUGUCUGCCUAAAUUCCCUAAUCUACCCUCAGACUUUAGGAACAAAAUCUCUCUCCCGCUUGCCUAUACAUCGCUGUUCGGUUUGUGGUGUUGCGUCUCAUUUCCGUUGCUCCCAAUUUGCAGCAAAAGACUGCAAGUGUGUAGUGCAAGCAGGUUAUGACACAAUUCAGCACCAUUGGUCCGAAAGAUGGUUUAACGUGGACGAUAAUCCUGAGAUGUCUGCCUUUUGUUUUUACUGCGAUGAACCGUGUGGUAUCCCUUUCAUCGAUUCAUCUCCAGCGUGGUAUUGCUUAUGGUGUCAGCGAAUCAUACAUGUCAAGUGCCAGGUUAAGAUGUCUGAAGAAUCCGGUGAUGUUUGUGAUCUAGGUGCUCACAGAAGAGUCAUUCUUUCUCCGCUUUGUGUCAAAAGUGCCGAAAGCGAGAUGUUGAGUUCCAUUACCGAAGAAAUCAUUGCUUCAACAGUUCGUGGACAGAUUAGAAGAAAGCGACAUCGAAAUAGACAUGGAAGUAAUCGGUACAUUAAUGGCAAGGAGCCAGAAAGUUUUGCUGUCAAAAGAGCGGUUCUCAAUGUGCUCAAAGGUCUUGUUGGGCUUCAAAGUUCUAGCAUUAAGAAAAGCAACGAUCCGUUUCUGAAUGCUGGCAAAGUUCUUAGCAAGCGAGGCUCUCUGAAUGAUUUAGACAGUAAGAAUAAUGAAGUCGAUUUUUGUGACAAAAAAUUAAAGAAGUAUACUAUUCUCGACUUGCCUUCAGAUGCCAGACCACUUCUGGUUUUUAUUAAUGCCAAGAGCGGAGCACAAAACGGGCCUAUCUUGCGGAGAAGAUUGAACAUGCUAUUGAAUCCCGUGCAGGUAAUUGAACUCAGUUCCUCUCAAGGUCCCGAGGCUGGGUUAGAUCUAUUCAGCAACGUGCAAUACUUUAGGGUUUUGGUUUGUGGUGGUGAUGGAACAGUUGCUUGGGUACUUAAUGCAAUAGAGAGAUAUAAUUUCGAGUCACCCCCGCCGGUUGCAGUUCUUCCUUUAGGUACUGGAAAUGAUUUGUCGAGGGCUUUGCACUGGGGUGGGGGGUUUUCUGUCGUUGAAGGACAAGGUGCUUUGAGCACUUUUUUGCACGACAUAGACCAUGCAGCAGUUACUAUGCUCGACCGCUGGAAAAUCAAUAUAACAGAGGAAGGUUCCGGCGGUGAACCUAGUAAAGUUAAAUCAAAGUUCAUGAUGAACUACUUAGGUAUUGGAUGUGAUGCAAAGGUUGCAUAUGAAUUUCACACGAAUAGGGAAGAAAACCCGGAGAAGUUUUACAGUCAGUUUGUGAAUAAACUAAGAUACGCGAAAGAAGGUGCCAGGGAUAUGAUGGACAGAGCUUGUGCUGACUUGCCAUGGCAAGUCUGGCUGGAAGUCGACGAAAAAGAUAUCGAGAUACCAAAAGAUGCGGAGGGUUUAAUUGUGCUCAACAUUGGCAGCUACAUGGGAGGAGUUGACCUCUGGCAAAAUGAUUAUGAGCAUGACGAUAAUUUCAAUCAUCAGUACAUGCACGACAAAAUGCUUGAAGUUGUAUGCGUUACUGGAUCAUGGCACCUCGGCAAACUCCAGGUCGGACUUUCACAAGCAACUAGGUUAGCACAGGGGAAAGUUAUAAAGAUACACGUCUCCAGUCCGUUCCCUGUGCAAAUUGACGGGGAACCUUUUAUACAGCAACCUGGAUGUUUAGAAAUAACACACGACGGACAGGUAUUUAUGCUUCGAAAAGCAUCCGGGACGGAAGGACCAAGAGGCCAUGCAGCAGCUAUAAUGUCGGAAGUUUUGGUAGACGCAGAAUGUAAAGGCGUUAUCAAUGCUUCUCAAAAGAAAUUACUUCUUCAAGAGAUUGCUCUCCAGCUUUCUUGAUCCUUUUUUUUUUGUUUUGGUUUUCCACAAGUUAAGCUUUGCUAAUGAUUCCCAUAGCUUACUAAAAAUAUAUACAUAGUUAACAUUCACUCUAUCAAUAUUUCGACUAACAAUAGUUGGUCAGGGAAAGAGAAGUAUCUCUAUUCCCCAGAGUUUUAACUCACAAACGUAGGUAUACUCUAGGAAUUUGCCAUGAGGUUCGACGUGUUUUCGGUUUUUUUCAUUUUUUUUUUUGAGUAGAUAUUUUUGUUGAUGUAAGAUAGGUAGUUUAGUCUCCGAUUGAAAAUGUACUUAGAGAUGCGUGUAUAUCCAAUACCGUGAAGAGUGAACUCUCUCGUGAUUCUAUCGUUUAGACAAUGUUUUGUUGCUCCUGUAUGGAAAAUUAUAUUCUGAUGUUGAAGUUGAUUUUUGGUGAAGUAAUAGAAGUUUCUCGAUUUUGUUAUCGGAUA